GCUUUGUGCCGAGUUACGCAUGCGUGCUGCCUGGGAACGGCUGACCUCGACGAGGGAUAGUUAAAAGUUAAAAAGUGUACCGGUUGCUGGAUUGAUCGAUGUUUCCUGCUUGGGGUUUGAACAUUGGUUACUCUGUAUUCCAAGGGCGCGAUUUUUCUACUUCAGUCCGUUACUGAUGAGAACAAGGGACAUGCUUUGAUCAGUAGGUGCUGAAUUUGCUUUUAGCACUGAAUAUUAUAGUGCCUUUUUCAACAUGGGCUUUGGAAGUGACCUUCGGAAUUCCCAUGAGGCUUUGCUAAAACUUCAGGAAUCUGAGCUUAAGGUCUUGGAGACAUUGAAGAAGUUUAUGUCUCUACGAGUUAAGAGUGACAAAGAAUAUGCAUCCUUGCUACAGAAUAUAUGCCAGCAAGUGGAGAAGCAUGAAACAUCUUCCCCUGUGGAUUCUGUUAGCAAUGUUUCCAAGUCUUGGGCCUGUAUGGUGCAUCAGACAGAACAGUUGAGCAAGAUAAUGAAGAUACAUGCAGAAGACCUAAAUGUUGGACCCUUAUACAGAUUGACCAUGAUGAUCAAAGAUAAGCAGCAAGUCAAGAAAAGUUAUCAAAGUAUGCAACAACACCUGGAAGCUGAUAUGUGCAAGGUAACAAGGACCGAACUUGAAAAGCUAAAGUCUGCCUACAGACAGUUAGCAAAAGAAGCCACCACAGCCAAGGAAAAAUAUAAAGAAGCCCUUUCAAAAGGCAAAGAGACUGAAAAAGCCAAAGACAGAUUUGACAAGGCCACCAUGAAACUCCAUAAUUUGCAUAACCAGUAUGUGCUGGCAGUGAAGGGGGCCCAGCUACACCAGGAACAGUAUUAUGAUAAAGCUCUUCCUCUGCUGCUAGAUUCUCUGCAGAAGAUGCAGGAGGGAAUGAUUCUUGCUUUAAAGGGAAUUCUGGAAGAAUACGUGAAAAUAACUAGCCUUGUGACUGAAGAGAUAGUAAAUAUCCACAAAGAUGUCCUGAAUUCUAUUGAGCAAAUCAAUCCCAGUUCAGAGUACAACCACUUCAUUGAAAAUCAUAGGUCACUGCCAAUUAAAGAGGCAAGUAUUGAGUUUGAUGUUUUAUUGUUGGAGGACAUGGAAAACCUUCAAGUCAAUGAGAUUUUGUGGAACAGUUUAACAGCAGAGAGUUUACAGACAACGCUAAAAACAACAACCGAAGACUUGAUCCAAACUCAACAAACUAUUACCAGCAAGGAAGAAAUAAUGGUGGAACUGGAGAAAGACAUUGAGGAAACUGCAAUGACUUAUGAAAAAAAAUCUGACAUUGUGUUAUUGCUGAGUCAGAAGCAGGCACUGGAGGAACUGAGGCAGAGUGUGCAGCAGAUGAAGUGUACUGAGGCUAAACUCUCUGCACAGAAAGAUCUGUUGGACCUAAAGGUCAAAGAGAAUGAUGGGAAGGAACCACCUCCAGUACUAGCCUAUGAAGAUGAUGCAAGAUCUAUUACUUCAAUGGAUAAAGCAAAAGACAAGGUUUCAAAAUUUGACUCCAUUCGACAUUCCAUUGCUGGAAUGAUUAGAUCACCGAAGAAUUAUUUGAGUUCAUCUUUCUUUGAUGUGAUGCCUACCAGUGAGAAACCAUUAGCAGAACAAGAUUGGUAUCAUGGAGCAAUUCCUCGUAUAGAAGCGCAGGAGCUGUUGAAACAGCAAGGCGAUUUCCUGGUUCGAGAAAGCCAUGGUAAACCUGGUGAAUAUGUCCUUUCUGUUUACUCAGAUGGUCAGCGCAGACACUUUAUCAUCCAGUACGCAGAUAAUCAGUAUCGAUUUGAAGGAACUGGUUUUCCAACAAUCCCACAGCUUAUGGAACAUCACUACACUACAAAGCAAGUAAUAACAAAAAAAUCAGGAGUGGUGCUGUUGAAUGCUGUUGUUAAGGACAAGAAAUGGGUUCUCAAUCAUGAAGAUGUAACACUUGGAGAAUUACUGGGCAAAGGUAAUUUUGGCGAAGUUUUCAAGGGAACACUCAAAGAUAAAACUCCAGUAGCUGUAAAAACAUGCAAAGAAGAUUUGCCACAGGAGCUGAAAAUUAAGUUCUUAUCAGAAGCAAGGAUACUCAAACAGUACGAUCAUCCAAACAUUGUCAAACUGAUUGGUGUCUGUACCCAAAGGCAACCCAUUUACAUUGUUAUGGAACUCAUACCAGGUGGCGAUUUCCUUUCAUUUUUAAGAAAGAAGAAAGAUGAGUUAAAAAUGAAACAGCUUGUGAAGAUGUCUUUGGAUGCUGCUGCUGGUAUGGCUUAUCUUGAAGGGAAAAACUGUAUUCACAGAGACCUUGCUGCGAGGAACUGUCUUGUAGGUGACAAUAAUGUACUUAAAAUCAGCGAUUUUGGCAUGUCAAGACAGGAGGAUGAUGGAAUUUACUCAUCAUCUGGCUUGAAGCAAAUUCCAAUUAAAUGGACAGCUCCGGAGGCCCUAAACUAUGGGCGAUACAGUUCCGAGAGUGAUGUGUGGAGCUAUGGGAUACUCCUGUGGGAGACAUUCAGCUUGGGAGUGUGUCCAUAUCCUGGAAUGACCAACCAACAGGCACGGGAACAGGUUGAAAAAGGUUACAGGAUGUCACCACCGCAGAAAUGUCCAGAGGAAAUAUAUAACAUAAUGCUGAGAUGCUGGGAAUAUAAACCAGAAAAUCGACCAAAUUUCAGUGAUGUGUACAAAGAACUCUUGUGCAUCAAGAAGAAGAUAACGUAGUAACACAGGGUGUAAAUGCUGACUGUAGGAAAUUCAGUGUUCAGUUAUUGCAAAAAUCAGGAGUCACAAGAUACCAUUUUUUCUUCAAUAUAUUGUAAUUAAAAUUAUGUACGCUUGUUAUAUCGCAUCAGCAUGUUUUUGUUGUAACUUAUAAACAUUUGUUUCCUGUUUUGGUUUUGGCCUAUAAAUAUUUGUAAGGUACAUCAUGGAGAAAAGGCUUCUCAAAGCAUUAAAAAACAUACAAUGCAAAAUAUUUCCACAUCUAACUUCACGAAGAAGUAAAAUUCUGUGGUUGUCAUUUUCAUAAAAUGUAAAUAAUAGAGCACAGCAGAGUAUGGUAUGUUUACUUGGAGCUAUUGAGAUGCAAUUCAAAGAUUUUCUGUAGCGCUGACCCUGAAUCUGAUCUAUUUUAAAUUGGUAUUUUCAAACUCAAAUAAUACUUACUACAGACGACAAAGAAAAAUAUGUUCCUGAGAUGGUGAUUCUUUCCAUAAAUUUUUUGAAAAGCACUGAACUGUCCAGAUUGGCCAUAUAAAGCAUCAACAAUACCAGCAAGACGUGUGUAUGGUAAUCUUAUGCCAUAACUGUUUGCGUAUCCACAUAAUUCUUUGAUUUGCAGUUGUUGCAAACAUUAGGAUAAGCCUUCCAUGAUGUGCCUGAGAUUCCAAAGUGCUGUACUGUACAGUGCAAGUACCCUCACUUUUUUAAAAUCAAAAAAUGUUAAUCCUGUUGUUUGGUUUACUUCAGUUUUGAGACCUUUGAUCUUUUUGGCUUCCAAAUACACCUUGUAGUCUGACUCUUAAAAUGUUUUAAUAUUUUGCAAACAGUACUGGGCAUUUGGCCAAGCUUUAACAGGAACUACAUUAUUUUGCUGUCCAUAUAUUGUUGCUGAUAAGUUAACCCUUUGAGUAUUAACUGACCUCACCUGCUUUCAGGGAAACUGAAAUAAUUAUUUCUUUUAAUUUCUAAUGACCAAUCAUUUAAAAUAGGAUUAGAGAAGCAUGCAGAACCAUGUAGUGUUUCUUACUGCAUAACUGCUCAGAAAUAAUCCUCCAAAUUAUAACUAAUUUUUUAUUUUGGUGAUGUAAUGUUAUUGUUGAUGAAUUUUACUUUAUCAUAAUUACUUCUGAUUCAGUGAUCACAUACACCAUUUUUAGUCAAUUUUUUAUACUCUAUUAUAAAUAGAGUAUGGUUAUGUUGCUUUAGCAUGCACAAAAACCUCCAUAACCAAGCUGGUGUGGCACAGUCUUGUACAUGUUUUGACAGGGUGCAAACUCGACUGGAGACUAAUCUGCAGAAUGGGUCUCAUCCCCUGCUCUGUUUCUGUCACAAUGUUUUCAAUGUGAAUUUAUGCAACUAGCACAGAGGCAUCAACUUCUGAUGUCAAUGUGAACAUCAAACAAUCACAAGAGGCCAUAAAAAGGGAGUUGUAAUGAAACUGUGAUGUUUCAGAACUUAAAAUGCUUAUCAUGCCUUCAAUGCUUAGAUACCUGCAGUGCUUUCAGGCUGGUUCCAAUAUCUCUUCUCCACAUUUACCUCCUCGGCCUUGCUCUGACCUUUUAAGAAUUGUAGAAAAUUUCAUCAUUCCAAACAAGCUGUCCAAGAGAACAUCUGUUUCAGAAAAUAGUGCUUGGAUAAAGAUUCACUGGCGUGACACUGAACCAGCCUCUUAAUUCAUGAAUCAAGUUAUUGAAUCAUCUAGAUGUGUUCUGUAUGCUUCACUAGUCAUGGCUUUUUAUAUGUUUUUAUCCACAUCUGAAUCUUUUUCUAAAACUAUGUUGAACAUUAUGGUAUUUGGAAAUGAUUAUAGCACAUUGAUCUGCAGUGCUCUUGAAAAUCUCAUUUUUUGGACUGUAAGACUAGGGUCAAACUGAGAUGCAGUAACAAAGAUAAAAUACCUUGAUAUCCUGUACUGUAAAUCAUGAUCUUAAUGGUAAUGUUUGCAAUAUCUCCAAAACUGCAGAUUUAACAUUUCAUGGUUUUGUUUUUCAAAUAUGUUUACAAGGUAUGAACUACCUUUCAGUUUGUUUAACGUUUAGUCAAUUUUGAUCUUUGACAAGUUUGGAAUUUGCAGAAAAUAAUGUGAUUUACAGUACAUCUAAAACUAAGCCUGUCAUAAACAACAGUACAAUAUGUAGGAAUUUUAUGGAUUCAGACUCUAAGGAAUUACUGUAUUAAUAGAAAGCUAAAUAAGCUGUGCUUAGUAUAUUUUAAGUACUUUGUACAGCAUUUACCGAAAAUUUAUAACAUUAUUUAACAGCAUUUCUACUGAUUUUAUUUGAGUGUUGUAGCUAAUCCAUUGUAAGGUCUUUUGUUCCAAAAAGAAUGAAGUUUACGUUUAUGCCCCAAUAUUUCCACAGACAGUGAAUAUUUAAUUGCCUUCACUGCACAGUUUCAAAGCAAAUUCAGCUUUACACAUGGAAAUCAAUGCUUGGUAAGUUCCACAGAAAAUGUUUAAGUGCAGUAAGAGCAUUAAAUAUUUAUAGGAACAUCAGUAUUUUUAAACUGGUGAUCUGGGUGCUGCAGAGAAGUUUCAGCUUUACUGGUAAAUCACGUUGUCCUGUUAUAACCAUCUUUUUCAACCGAGUGUAGUCACAGUAAAAUCAGUAAAUUCUUUUAGGUUUUGAAAAUGGUUCUGUUGCCAAACCAAUUCCAGGAUGAUCAUAAUUGCCAUAAACGGACUGAUUUACUGUGGGCAGCGUGCCUCCAUUCCGAAGUGGUGUGCGAACCAAAUCUUAAAAUAUAUUUUCUCUUCAUGAUAAAAAGCCAUAAAGUCAUAUUUGAACAAUGUGAUUGGCAUUAUCUAGCCAUUGGUAGAGAUUAUUAAAAAAGACUGUCUCUAAUUUAAGUGAUUGUAUGGACAUUUAAAUUUGCAUUCUGAUCACUGUAAUAAGUUCACCAUAGAAUUCAAUGGUGUACUUUGUCGCAAAAGAUUACAUGAAAUUCAAUGAAAAUGCUGUUUCUGAAUAUCCACAACAUUAGAAUCCUAAGCAAGAUGCUGCAUUCUAAAGUAGACUUAUCUAACAGCCACCUUUGGGAGAGAAUGCAAGCAGUCUCGUAAUACAGGUAAAAAUCUUAUUAAUAGAUGAGACUGAUAUUUGCUUAAAAUCUGUGAAGACGUGAGAUUUUACAUUGAAUAAGUAAAUAUAAACAGGAGAAGAAAAAUGUGGGAGACUGUUUAUGUCAGUGUGCCAUAUGAGUAUCAUAAUAUGUCACUGCUCAAACCCUUGUAAUUUUUUUCAAUUUUUAUCUGAGCAGUACAGGGAAUUGUCACUUUGUUCUCUCAACAAGACAGCCUAAAGUUGAAACUAACCCAAAUUAAUGAGAGAAAACUUUCUUGUAUAUGCUGCCUGUAUGACUGUAUGUGACAUAAGUUCAUAUAGUCUGCACCUUUAUUCUGGUUGGCACAAAUCCACACAUUUUAGCUUCUAUACAAAGAAUAGGCCUCACCUUUUGCUCUGAUAUAGGUGUGACUAUAUAUAAAUGCAGAAUGUUUUGGCUACACUUUUUUAAAUCAGCGUUUCAGUAUAAAAAUUGAUCUUGCCUGAUGUCCCAUUGUUCUCCAAUUUCAAGCUGCCACAGACAAGUGGUAAUAAACCUUCAAUAUCCUGCUAUGUGCCAUACAUAUUGCCUUUAUAUGAACCAAAUGGUAUUUUUUCUAUUCUUUAACUUAUAUAAUAAUGAGUGAAACAGCAAGUUGUGUUGUGCUUUUCAAAAGCUCCAGUAGUAUUUCAUUUUGUGCCACAAUAAAGACUGAAAUUCCGAUUUUUAAAAAAAUAUGAAAGCGCACCUUUUCUUUUUCUAAUUUUAAGCUUCCAUUUUUAAAGAAAAUACAUUUUCAACACUGGAACUAUGUGAUUCUUUUAAAUGUCUUAAACUUUCUGUCAAAGGCUAAAAUGUACUUUUAAAAGUAAAUGUUCACUUUAAAAUUAAAGUCUUACUUUUCAGGAUGUAUAUAUAUUUCUGCCCCAAAACAAUAAAAAGAAAAUCAGACUGAAUUCUGAUGGUGUCCAUUGGGGGAGUAAUGUUCAAAAUAUCAGAGACAGAAAAACUUGUCUUUUGUAAUUUUUAAACACAAUCCUGUGUUGUAACAUUUAUUUAUUUUGUACAUUUUUACAUUGAAUUUACAGGAAUUUUGAAAUGACUUUAUUGGUUAUCAAUAUUCUCUGUAUUCUCUGCUCUUGUGAAUUGCAGACUUGUUCCUGAACUGCUUCUGUCAUAUUGGACCAAAUACCACUAACAAGUCUGCUGUUGAUAUUUAUACUGUAAUCUCUUAAUAAACAGAAUGGAUUGUCAGCA